AAAAACACGGUGCUACAUGCUACGCACACAUUUUCGAUCAAAAAAAACCACUCGGCAUUCUGGGAAUACGUACUCUAUUAGGUCCACAGUCUCUUACUCUCUCGCCUAAGACUGUCGAAAGAUUUAGCACCCCCCGUCCACUUGAAAACAGCCACUGCGCCGAGCUGUAGCAGAAACCUGGCCAUACUUAUGUACAGCACCUUUUCUCAGCUGUUCUGGCGGCACAGAAGCAAAUCAGAAACCACGUUUGUGGUUGACAUAUACACGUUUUCCCAUGCCAAAAAUUAUUUUUGAAUAGACUUCCCGCGAACAGGAGGUUAUUACCAGUUAUAGUGCUUUCUGACCAAAACAUAAAUACGAGCCCGUUCCUCUCGCCCGCAUGACCGAUGCCGUUCAAAAAGUCCAGCUACUGUGUAUCAAGCUGCUAGACUAUAAAGUACGUUUUUUUUCUCUAGCCGAACGCAGAAAACAAUCAUUAACUAUAGGCAAACGCGGACUGCGUUACUUCAGCCAGAAAAUAUAAUCGAAAAUAGAAGAAAUCUGGUGGAAAUCGUCAAAGGCAUCGGAACCGCGAUUCGCCAAGCACCAAACGAUCAACUUGUCUCUGUCGCGAAUUACGUCCUAUUACCCCUGCUGAGCCUCCUCCGAUUCACGGGCUGCCAAAAUGUAAGACAGAUCGAGGACAGAAACAAAUCCCUACGCUCGUUUAUGGAAAAUGAUCAAUUUAGACAGGCUAUUUUCGACGCGCUGAACCUCACGUUGGAGAAAAAUAGCAUCGUCGUCAAUGAUGACCUUUUCCUUCGUAUACACCAACCGCUACUUCUAAUACUGAAUACAGACUACGCACACCUAAAUCCGAGCUCAAACAACGCUCUGUUGAACCCAGAAAAUACGUCAAGCAUCCUCUCAGAAGAAGAGCGCGCUGGCAUAUUGGAUUUGUGUAUACACGCAUGGCGAGCAUACAAGCCGCCUUCCCUUUUUCAAGCAUCAGCAAUUUCUCAACCAUCUAAAACGCACCAAAAUGUCUUUUGCGACAAGAGCAUACUCCCAUCUUUUGGGUUCAUCGUCUACCGAUUCUUACAGUGGGCGGGCCACGAUAAGAACAGAAACAUCCAGAUAAAGGCACUUCGAGCCAUUCGUCUCCUAUCUGUCUCGCGUGUGUACUUAGAAAUGGCGUCCAGCCUCAUUCCAGGAAUCUUCACUAUCGCGACCAAAAUCAUCAUAGGAGACUUCAAGCAGGGUCAACAAGUCCUCUGUGAGGCCCUGAAGCUAAUCUCAAAGACCUGCACGUGCAUUCUAAGCGACAAAUCUAACCCUUCGCUCUUGGCUUCAGAGUUGGACAACGUAAAAAAUAUACUGGCCAUGCUAUGUCAAUACUCCUCAAAAUUCACCACCGACCCGAAAAAUGACAUCCAAAUUCCGCAAAACGACAGGCCCAGAGCAACGGAAUCAUCUUCGCUUGAUAUUCAAGGGCCAAACGAAACCCAACUAAUAAUCAGAAGAGACGCGGUCUGGUUCAAAAAGACGUCCUAUCAUGUCAACAUCGUCUUCACAAAUAUCUUCUCUAUCACGAGACUGACCUCGAAUGAGGCCACAAAAAAUGCGUCCAUGACGUCAAUCGUUCUCCAAAGUCCAAAAAUAAGGCUUCAACUUGCUAAAUCCGCGUCUUCAAUUAUUCGUCGUUGUCUCGGAACUCUGGCGACCUCCAUUCCGCUUCUGUUCAACGUGUUAAUUCUAUUUUCCAAUGAUGAAUAUCCAGACGUCGCUGCAUACUGCAAUAGGGAAAUAGAGCACUUCCUGACGUCCUAUAGCUCGCAAGUAAGUCGGCUCCAACUCAAAGAUACCCUAACCGAAAACCUGACCACAUUUGUAAAGAGCCUUCCAAGACUGACGCGAGACUGCAAUGACAACAAAAAAAUCCAAAUUCUCGGGUUAAUAGCAGGAUAUUUGCGCAUCUUUGAGGAGAACCUCUCCUUAUCCAACCCCAACUUCCUACCAAAACUGAUUGCUGCCAUCCUCGAAAUGCUCGAACUAACCUCUUCCGACGUUUCCAUGACUCAGAGAAAAACCAACAUCCUGGCUCUGGAAUCCAAUCAGGACAGGGUCGGACUUCCCGACUCGUAUGAUCCGUCGCUCGAAACUUGCAGACAAAGAUAUCAGCAAUUCUACCAGCACAACUUUGUACAUUUCCGGCACCAGCAAGUUUUUCAACUGAUUAGGUCCGUACUCAGGUUGGUCGGGUUUUCGAUGGACUUGAACUUGGUAUUCGACCUACUCUUCUCCAAGCUGUCCGCUUCUACAGAAAGCCACAUUCAUCACCCGCUCGUUCUUUUCAUCAUAAACGAAACCAUCCUGGGCGCGGCCGGAUUCAAAGACCCCUCGAGCGACUUCAGAUCCAGAAUAAGCCCGAGAAAAAAAGCGGCGCUUCAAGAACUUUUAGAUACUGUCUUAGAUUGCUAUCUUUCUCCAGAGGUGUGGCAGGAAGACCCAGAAGAAACGACCGCCUCGAACUGCUGCACUCACGCAAAACCGUCGCCAAUCUCGAAUGUGUACAGCUCCAUCUUCGCGCUGGAGGGAAUCGCAAACCUCAGCAUGCUUCUCGGUGGAAAAUUCAACUUUGAGCUGAAGCGAGUACUCUAUCCAAUGCUGUCCAAGUUAGGAGACAUCAAUGACGUAAUUUCACUGUCUACGUGGUACACCAUGCUUCAAAUCGCCUAUUAUAUCGGAUAUUCGUCCGUGCUAGAACUGGUAAGACAGAAUAUGGAUUACGUGGUCGACUCUCUCGUCUAUCACAUCAAAUAUCUUCGUGACUAUGAAAGUACCUUGAGGGUCUUGCGUGGGAUCUUGAGAUACGCGGGCGAUUUGGUGAUCCCGAUAUUAGGAGACGUACUGGAUGAGGUCUUCAGAUGCCUGGACGAGCGAAAUCCUAAAUACACUGUCGCUUUCUUGAGUAUCCUACAUCAGGUCGUGGUUAUUAUUUGCAGACACUCGUCAUGGUUCAAAAAGUACAAAGUCCAAAUUGAAUGGCUAGCCGAUUUCAGCAUCGACGAUCGAGUCGCUCUCGAGCUAGAUCAGUCAAUCACUGUCGAACAGAACCAAAAAUGCAGCAACCCAAUUUAAUACCUGAAAGGAGCGUGUCUAUCGCCGAUUGGAUUCAAAGGUGCGAGCGAAUAGGUAAACCAGUUUACGAGAAAAAAAUAAAUUUCCGCCCAAGCUCGAGGCAUAAACCCCUCUCUUUGAGUGGAUUCAUUCUAGCCCGUAUCAACGAGAAAAAGGCCCACCUCAAAUGGAUCGAAGAGGCGACGAAGUCUUUAAGCCAACCAGACGCGCAUGCCAUCAAUCCAGAAGAGUACUUUUUGGACCACCACAAGAACAAAGAGCAAGCGGGACACGAGGGAGAGGAUCAAAGUAUCGAAGAACACGAAAGCGACGAAGAAGAAAUAAAUCUAGAUGAUACGCCCGGGUACAACUUUGUCAAGAGUAUCGUCGAAAAGUUACAGCACUGGACUUCCAUCAAAUCGCUCGAAACUUGUGUUCUCGUCUUGGAUACGAUUGGUCUGGCGUUUUUCAUCUUGGCGGAGCACAAGCGUAUCAUGCUACCAACUUUGCACCUAAUAUGGGAGCCUCUGAAAAUAAGGUUGGCCGACACUGACUAUCGAAUCAUGAACAAAACUCUGCAGGUUAUGCAAAAUUUGAGUAUUUGCGCUCGCGGCUUCCUCACAAGACGAUUUAUCGACGAUAUUUGGCCAAUCCUAAAGAAAAGAAUCAACCAAUAUAAUAUAUUCCUUGAGACCGGUGUCCGAGCAAUGCAAAGUGCCAAUACUACGACUCAAUACUCAACCUCUAAAGGUCAAGAAAUCACGUUUCUACGUUCACAGUCCUAUGAGAUUCAAUGCUCAAUCUUGAACUACUUGCAUACCACUCUUUCUCAUGUCAAAAUGCCAGCAUCUGUGCUAAGAGAUAUAGCGAGCACUUGCUGGUUCUACUUGGCUGAACUCCAACCGGACGCUUUGCGUGAAAAGGCAAUCGAACUAUACCACUUGCUCUAUGUUCUGAAUCCAGAGGACGUCUGGUGCCUCCUCAGCGAGCUCGCACUCAUCGUAAGCGAGCCAACCCCGGUGCAACUAGAGGCUAUGCCUAACCUUCCCACUAUUCAUCCAGAAUGACCUUGAUCCCGAACAAGUUUAAAAAGAAGCAAGAAUCCAUCCAUCUCUUCUACUCUCAGUUUGCUAAAAACGCUGCCUCGGUCCUAGAUAAAGUCACUGAUCUGUCUCGCGUGUGUCCAAAUUCGGCACUAUGCAACCAUCUCUGUCUAAGAAUUUGCACUCUGAUUUCCGUCCACGACGUCUAAGCAACAACUCCGAUUAGCGUGAUUCCAGAGAAAUGCAAGUAAUAUUCUGGCCGGCUCGAAAUUUAAAACGCUAAUUCCGCAAAGAGGAUCCGCCCACUGUAUUCAGACAAACCGACCAAUUAUACGUGCAAAUUAGCCAAACGGUCCUAUACAACU